GUAACCGCAUGAUGUUCAUCUUACGUUGUAUCAUUGUGGUUGUUUCUCACACUUCAGUUACCGGCAAACUGGCGUACGAUUGUUUCCACUACAAAACGCCAUUAUCCUGCGAGACAGAGGAAACGCAAGCCUUUUCAAAUUGCUGUCACGACUUGGACUGCGGCACAGAUAUGAGGUGCUGUUUAAACGGUUCUUGUAUCAGAGAUUGUUACGACGUUCGCACGCUCGCAGGAUACUGUCAAUCCCAGAAAGACUGCCAAGCCAGCUAUUGUUGUGUUAACCGAGAUUAUGAAAACGGUGCCAAGUUUGGAUUUUGUCAGAAAAUGGGAAGUAUAUCAGACGACUGUUAUGUUAGCGAUCCCUACACAGCCACGCCUCCUGCCGGUAUAGUGAAAACAUGUCCCUGUGGAUUCGGGAACUAUUGCGCAGGAAUUGCAGGAAAAUUCGAUCAGUUUGGACAGAUGGGUCACUGCAGAUCAUUUUAGUCAACAUGGAGAGUAUAACUAGUUUCAGAACCAAAGAUGAAUAUCGGAGUUUUGUCUACACAUGUAUUCAACACUGAGUGCUGCUUAUAUAGAGAUAUGAACAAAAAUGAUCGAGAAAUGGAUUGA